CACCUCCGCUGGUCCCCGCGCGUCGAGCGACAAGCUGAGGAGCACGUCCGGCGUGCGUUCGGGUUCGGGGACAAGGCGCCCCUGCCGCAGUACGUCGCCGUCCACAUACCACGCUGCGGCGCGACCCAGUGUGUUCCGCCCGUCUCCGAGCUCGAGAGGCUCGUCAGCUCAAUCUACGCCUCCCUCAUCGCCUCCCAGACGCUCACCGGCCCUUCGCUCGUCUUCGUGCUCUCCGAGUCGCCACUGCGGCCCGCAUGGCGCGCGGCGGCGAGCGCGCUCGCCUGGAUCAUCCUCGACGCGGCCUCGCCGCCCGUUGACGCCGCGGUGCUCUCCGGCGCGAUCGGAUACGUGGGCGUGCUGGGCGCGGGGGCCGUGCAGGAGGUGGGUGUCGCGAUGGCCGCGCGGCGCGUGCGCGAGUGGCGGGGCGGCGUCGUGCGUAUGCACCAGCUCGAGGGCGCCAGUGCGGAGUUUGCGUAG